AUGUCUACUUCCACUAAUAACCAUACACAUGUUACGUUAAGCACAAAAAAUGGGCCAUUGGCCCAGAUUUGGCUUGCUGCAAAUCUGAACAGUAUCAACAGAAACAUUGCAAAGACAAAUAUUGUUGAGUCUGUUGAAGAGAUUGCGAAGGCAGCUGGUGUGAGCUUGGACGAUGAAUCUGUGGAACCAAUUACGUUACGUGCAUCUGGUGAAUUAUUACACGGUGUUGUCAAGGUGUACUCUCAAAAGGCAUCUUAUCUUUUGACUGAUAUCAGUGAUCUUUUAAGCAAGGUGAAGUCGAUUUUCAAAGGAACGUUGAACAAAACGGUGACUAUCCAACUUGAUACUGUUGCUAAGUUAGAUCAGCUGCUAUUACAAGAUGUCGUUACGGAGCUUGAUGUUUUGGAAACGCCUAGUCUGGAUUUCCUUAAUGACGUUCAGAUACCAGAAGCCUUUUUGAGUGCGGAAAGGUCAAUGGAAAGACAAGUCCAAGGAGCUGCACCCGUCUCAUCACUUACCGCACAACAGCAAGCAUGGGAUAUGUCAAUUGAAGUCGGGAGAAGGUUCCUGGGUGAUGAUGAUGAUAUUAAUGAAAUCAGCCGUCAUCAAGACUCGUCACAUUUGAAGUUGGAUUUCGAUCUCGGUGAAUCAAACCAAACAUCAAACGCAAAAUCAUGGGGUGAAGGCACUCGUACCACUGCUAAUGAUAUGGAAGGCGAAGGUGACUUGACCCUCAAAAAUAUGGGGAACGACGACGAUGAUGAGGAUGAGUUGCUUCCCUUAAAUGAUGAAUGGGACCUUGGCCUUAACGAUACAGUAAAUGAUAUUUCCGGAAAUGUGUCGCAACACGAAAGUGACAGAUCUAUAGAGCAAGGUAGAAGAGCAGAUGAUAACUACUCACUCCACGAUGACUCACAUCUGGACUUUGACCUUGGAUUACCAAAAGAACCAGAGGACCAAGAAGAAAGAGACGCUGAACAAGAGCCUCUCUCACCAGUGAAACCGGUGAAGAAAAGGCAACCAAGGAACGCUGCUUUUAUGAACAUAAAGAAGAUCGUUGUGGAUGAAGAUUUAGAGUUGAAGGACUCUGAGGUUAAAGAGGGCCCAUCUGAAACUAUUUUAAGCUUGAGAAAUGAAGAUGUUUCUUCUGGUGCUAAGAGACGAAGAAAUAUUGAAGAGCUAUAUACAGAUUUGGACUUCCUACCUGAUAGGAUUGUAUCAAACCUUUUCAAUUACAAUGGGUUCAAAAAGCUUAGAACACUUUCUCAAUCUAGGCCUGACGAGGAAUCUGAUGUUGACAUUGAUAUCUCUUUGGGUAUGGACGAGAGUCUAAUUCAAAACUCGGAUCCUUUUGAUCAUCAAGAUAUUGACUUUGGGAAUGAAAGUGCAGGGCCGCUAUUUGAAAAUGUGCCACGUCCAAAGACUGCUGGUAGAGAAACUUCUAUGGACAUACAAGAUAACUCUCUUAUCCAAUCCGACGAUUUCGACACUAACGAAUCUGUAGAAGAAGAUAAGACUCCAAAAGUUGAACUAAAUACAGGGGAAGUUGUAUCUAAAUCUACUGUUGAGAUGGCAUCUCUAUUAAGAGAAGAAAUGACAUCUGGUGAAACAACAUUUGAAAGAGUUAUGGAGUCGAAAUAUAAAGAUAACGGUGCUCUUGUAACCAAAGGAAUGGCCAGUAAAGCAUUCUUUGAACUUCUUUCACUUGCUACAGCAGACUGCAUCUCGUUGAGACAAGAAGAUACUUUUGGAGAGAUAAAGGUUCUUGGUAAAUCAAACCUCUACGAGAAGUUCGUUGCAGCAUAG